ACAAGAGCGGUCAGCCAGUGGGUCAGCCACAGGGUCAGAUCGGAGACCGGAUCAUUUUCUCCCAAGAGGAGGAGUUCAGCGUGUCCAUCGAGUUUUCUCCCGACGGGAAACCAGUCAGAGAAGCCAACACAAAACACCUUAAGCGAUCUUCUGACAUUCGCCAACGUGACAAACGCUACCUCAAGUGCCCUGCGGGGUUGAGGGUCUCGCACUUGAAGAAGUUCAUUAGGUUGAAGUUCACAUUACCUCAACAUAUCCAGAUUGAUCUGUUCUAUGAGAGUGAGCCCUUGUUUGACACAUACUCGCUGAUGGACGUUGCCUACAUUUAUUUGUGGAAACGGGAUUGCGUCCUGCAGCUGUUCUACUCUUUCUUUGAAGUGCCGACAAAGAAGAGAAAACUACAGAGUGUGACACAUAUAUCGGAGACCAUGUCGAAGUCUAGUAGGGUUUUAGACAAACCGGAAAAGAAUUGUGGAGACAGGAAGUCUUCAAACAGGAAAGAGAAAUCUGAUACCAAGAAACAGAGUCGAAUGUCCGGGAAAAAGAAGAGCACCUCCAAGGCCAAUACCUCGUCUCCAAGCAACGGAUCACAACAGGAAGCACUUGUUGCUAAGGGCGCGGUGUCCUCAAAUCUGAAACGUAAGCAUUCGGACACAUCUUCCACAAAGGACAGUUCAUGUUUGUCCAGAAGUGGCACCACAACGUUGGAUACCUCUUCCUGUUCAAAGAAUGCCAGAUGUGUGGACACAAUAGUGCCAGUGAAACAGUGCGCAUCAGUGCACACUGCUUGUCGUCCUGGAUCCAAACAGACACCUAGCAGUUCUGACUGUUCACCAUCUUCACACUUGUGUAGCGAAAGUUCAAAUUGCUCUAUAAUUUCCCAUCUUUCUAGCGAAAGUUCAGCCUGUUCUGUAACUUCUCAUUUCUGUACAGAAAACACGCAGUGUUCCAUAGUUUCACAUCCUUGUGUUGCACAUAGAAAUAGAAAUUCCAAGUCGCCUGCAGACUCUGAAGUCUCCAUCACCUUGCUGAUCAAGUCUUCAGAUGGUCGCGAUUUCAAACGUAGCAAUAGCCAAUUAUCACCGGGUUGUGGCCAAACCAACAGACUUCAGAAAGGCGAUAACACAUCGGAGAUUACAUAUAACACCUUUCUCAGUGGUAACCCCAUUUCUGAUAUAAAAGAUAAUAGUGUUCUAGCAGGGAGUAAGUUUUUAGAGGUUAAAAACACCAUUCUUAAAAACUGCAAAAACGAAUCAAAGGUGACACAGAGAAAUAUCCAGAACAGCAAAGUAGUGUCAGAAGUUCAGGUAAGCGUGAACGGAAAAAUAGCACCGGAAUUGAAAACUAAACAACUGGUGAAUGGUCAGUUUAUUUUCCGGCUAAAAAAUGGGAAAUUUACAAAUGGUGAAGUGUUGUCUAAGGCAAGUGAUGGUAAAAGCCGUUUUAGUGAAUCGACUGUGAUGGAUACCAGAUGCCAGAGCGGUAACAAAAAUAUAGAGGUUACUUGUAUCAAAAGUGGCCCAAAUUCCCCGUAUGAGAAGGACGAUGUACGGAGUACCGGUUGUACCAAGUUUGACAAGAUCGACAAACAAGUUCAUCUGGGACAAGGUGUAUCGCUGGUGAAGAAAAUGAAGAUCCAUACUAAGGAUAGUCUGGAUGUGAAGUGUAGCAGUGUUGACAACGGUAAAAGAGGCUUAGCUGACACAGGUGGAAAACUUGAUGUUGAUAGGAUAUCAGACGUUGAGGAUAAUAAAUUUCACAAUGGUGAUAGUGUUUUUGAUAUGAAAGAUAAUGAGCUUGUGAGCUGUGAGAAAGUUUCUAAUGUGCGGGAUAAGAAAGCUGAGAAUAAUAACGAGGUAUGUGAGAAUAGUUGUGUGCAUUCGGAAGUUACAUCAGAGUUUAAGGAUAAACAACUCGGUAACGUAAUUGCAGAACUGAAAGAUGCGAAUUCAUCAGUAGAUGACAUAAGUUUUCUGAGGAAAAAUGAGGCUUUCGUACACCGUCAGACAGUACCAACAGCACAUUCUUUCGAACAAGCUAACUCGGAUACAAACAAUUGUUCCAUUAAGUUAGAGGGAACAGCGCUGUCCUCCUCCAGUCAGCGGCAUGUUUUAGAUAAUGAAGACAAGAAGCUUAUCACCGAGAGUGGAAAGCGCGAUUUCAACUUGACUUACGAUGGUCCGACUCCGGUGACAGAAGGUAGAUCUUCUCAGUCACAUAGUACAGCCAACGGCUCAGGCAAACCUUCAGAAAUCUUAUCGGCGUCCCAACUGUUGCAGUCUGAGACUUGUGUAGAUAAAGAGCAAGUCGGGUCUAUUUCUGGAGCUGCUGACUGUCCGACCACAACAGAUUCUGAAAAUAUAAAGGAUUUAUGCUAUGAUAACAACAAAAAUAAUGUCGUUGGAUUCAAAGACUCUCAGUCAAGCAGAUCUGACAGCCCAUCUGCUUAUGUUCACAAACUGCCUAACCCCAGGUUACAGAAACCAAAAGAGCUUGAGACUGAACCGAGUGGCCCAAGUGCCAAAGAUGUCGAUAGUGACACAAAAGAGAAUGAAAUCUUUCCUGGAUCGCAGACACCAUCUUCAAGCAGUAAAGUAAACAGCAUAAUAGGUAACGCUGAAACUUCUGAUGCAGAUGCAGCUAAAACAAAGAGUCUUUCAAAGCAACUUCCCUCUGAAGGAAGCUCAAUUUCUUCAGACUGUACAAUCUUAAUAUUGCCAACGGUGUGCACCAUAAAGCCAAACUGUGUAAAUAAAAUACGCCAGUCCAUAUCAGAAACAUUAUCUGCCCUAAAGCCAGUGUCCACAAAACAUGAAACAUGGACCGACUCUCCGUCCUCUACGUCUGCCAAAGAAGACCCUUCAGAAAAUCUUUCCCGCGGCUGUAUAAAGCAGCACUUUGCUCCUAAUAAAGUUAAAAACAUUAAAGGGGAAUGCCGGAAGCAAAGGUAUUCUCCAGAAGUUUUCAAAGAAUUGUUACCCUCAGACCAUGAGAUUGAGAGGCAAAGUGAUAUAUUGAAAUCUGUCAAUCUUAUUUCAAAAAAUGUAGCCACGAUAACUUCAAAAACAGAUAUAUUGCCAGCUAGACAAACUUCCUUUGUGUCAACAACUGCAUCUUCAGAAAAACCACAAAACACCGGUGAUGUUACAAAUCUGGUAUCUUCAUCUAAGCCUGUUCCACUAAAACUUGUACAGUCGGCAGCGGAAAACAUAGUUUAUGGGACAAGUUCUCCUGUAACCUCCUCUUUAGCAUCAACAGCAUGCAUUCUUCCUACCAGUACCAACUGUCUCAUGUCGACCUCUGUUACAAGAACAUAUCCAUUAACCUCCUCAUCAGCAUCGUUACUUACAAAACUCACUACUACGGUUAAAACAAAUUCAAAUGGCACCAAACCAUUGGCAGUCAAAACCUCUUCACUUCAGUCAUGCACAAGUGCAACAGCAGCAGCUACAAAGGCUGUUGAUACAGUGUCUCGCCACUCGCUUCUUGCCAUCUCAUCUUCAACUACACAAAACAAGUGUCUUUCCUCUUAUACCAUUGGAAAAGGUGGCACAUACUGGAGCAACAGGCAGCCUGUGUCUGCAGAUGUGUCAAAAACUCAAGGUGCUCCCCCACAAAUAAUAAAAUCAGUAUUUACACCAACCAGUGGUUCAUCAGAAGUUGCACAACCCCGUGUCUCUGGUUCAAACAACAUUCCUUUCACGUCUACCUCCGCGUUCAGUAACACUGCCCUUCCGGCCUGUGCCGUCAGCAGUUUUCUCAAUCUCCCACCAGCGGAGACAUCGCCAGUGAAACGACCUCAGCAGAGAAAGCACCCCGAUUCUACAAACAUCUCUUCUACAAACAUAACACUGCCCAGUGAAGCAGUUAAAGUUGACAACUUUCUCUUCGACAUAAAAUGCUCAGAGAUAGAAUCAUCUGAUUCCUACUCACAAAACAGAGUCUCGAGUUCGUCUGGGAAAGAAGCCCAAAAGAGUCAGAUUAGAACGAAUCUGAACUCGCAGACACAAUUGGACGGAGUUACUACGGACAAAUCUUCUAAGACGACUGAAUCUCACACCACGGCCGUUCACCACUUACCAAAAACCGUAUCGCAAACUACCAGACCUUAUUCCACAGCAAGAUCUGUUAGCACAUCGCCCUCCUCGAAAACAAAAUACAGCAACAACAUCAUUCAGACGACCAAAAUCAGCACCCUCAUACCCAAGUCUAGCUCCGUCAGCAGUAAAGCGGGUGCAUUCCCUAAGACACCCUUAUACCCAGCUCACAUUAACAGCCUUUUGCUAUCCAGACGAAUCCUGAACAACUCAUUAGCAUCUCAUUAUCAGAGGAUAGACGCAUUAUCAUCUAUCAGUGCAGGCUCGAGUAGUGCACAAGAACUAACGCCCAAUCGCUCCGCCUUAUCCUCGCCAUCAUCUUCUACGCCGUCAUCGCUUGUAUCUUCGACUACAUCAAUUUCCCAGCACAAAAUGUCUUCCGCCGCUAGACAAAGUUCAAAGGGCAUAUCCGGUAGAAGCGAUAAAAAUCCAAAACACAAAACAAUACCGCCGUUGUGUAUACCGAAGUCCUCUUUGAUUGGGCCGACAACACUAAAGCUCCAAAGAUCGCCCGGGUCAAACGAUCAUUACAUCUUCACCCCGCUUCUUCAUUACAGUCCAACAUCUCAACAUAAAAUGGAGCGGUCCAAGUCAAAAGAGAGCAAACAUAAGACCUCCCAUUCCCGCAAGUCAGUACACACCGGUGGCAAAGGAACUGUGAACUCGCCCAGUAAACAGAGAGUUCCAAGCAUCAAAAUCUCGGACAUCAACAGAAACCCGGUUAUUGUAGAGAAGGGUGGCAGUAGUAGCAGCAGCAAUAGCGAUACCAACCCCCACUAUCAUUCUCCAUACAAAUCGUAUAACCACGAGAUUUCCGCUUCUUCCGCUCUGGAAAGUAGAACACCUCGAGCCCAUAGUCGAGGGCGCAACGAGGGAAACUCAACUGGUCACCAUGAUAAGAUGCCUGUUCGAGACAUUCUGCGGCCUUCCGACUCCGAGCUGUUACUGAGCAGGCAUUGGCACGCGUAUUCCACCGCCGAGUUACUGUUCAGUGGGUUUAACAUGCCUGCCCAUUCGAAGCUUCAUGAUCUCCAAUAUGACACGGAUGCCAUGCCUCUGGAUUACUCACAGUCGUCUUCAAAAUCUUAG